GAAAUAGAUAAACAAGCACUGAGCGCACUUUUAAAAUCCUCCUUCGAGAUCGCUGCUGCUGCUGUUGCUGUAAUUUGAUUUCUGAUUUCUCAUCUCUCCUCCAAUUUACCGAUCCUCCUCGGAUUCCGACUUUACAUCAUCAUCAUCAUCAUCUGUAAGGUCUGAAAUCGACGUCGUUUGAUCCAACCACUCAUCUCCCAUGGAUAAUAAUGAUGGGUGUUGUUCAACUCACCUCAUAGAUGGGGAUGGCAAUUUUAACAUUUCUGGAAUUGAAAAUUUCAUGAAGGAAGUAAAACUAGCAGAAUGUGGACUUUCGUAUGCCGUUGUCUCCAUCAUGGGUCCACAAAGUAGUGGCAAGAGUACUCUUUUGAAUAAUCUGUUCCGUACUAAUUUCCGGGAGAUGGAUGCUUUCAAAGGAAGGUCCCAAACCACAAAAGGCAUCUGGAUGGCAAGAUGCGUUGGAAUUGAGCCCUGUACUCUUGUGAUGGAUUUAGAGGGUACUGAUGGAAGAGAAAGGGGAGAGGAUGAUACAGCAUUUGAAAAGCAGAGUGCACUUUUUGCACUUGCAGUUUCAGAUAUUGUGCUGAUAAACAUGUGGUGUCAUGACAUUGGCCGUGAACAGGCUGCAAAUAAGCCUCUCCUGAAAACUGUAUUCCAGGUCAUGAUGCGAUUAUUUAGUCCACGGAAGACAACUUUGAUGUUUGUUAUACGUGACAAAACGAGAACGCCUUUGGAAAAUUUGGAGCCUGUUCUACGAGAAGACAUUCAAAAGAUAUGGGAUUCUGUUCCUAAGCCACAAGCUCACAAGGAUACCCCUUUAAGUGAAUUUUUCAAUGUUGAAGUUGUGGCUUUGUCUAGCUAUGAGGAGAAGGAAGAACAAUUUAAAGAGCAGGUGGCCAAUCUAAGACAGCGGUUUUUCCAUUCAAUUGCUCCUGGUGGACUUGCUGGAGAUAGACGGGCUGUAGUUCCAGCAUCAGGCUUUUCCUUCAGUGCUCAACAGAUCUGGAAGAUUAUCAAGGAGAACAAGGACCUUGACCUUCCUGCCCACAAGGUCAUGGUGGCUACAGUGCGUUGUGAGGAGAUUGCCAAUGAAAAAUGUGGUUCUUUUCUAGAAAAUGAGGAAUGGCGUGAACUAGAAGCAGCUGUGCAAUCUCAUCAAGUACCAAGAUUUGGAAAGAAGCUUAGUACCAUUCUUGACACUUAUCUAUCAGAGUAUGAUGUGGAAGCCACUUAUUUUGAUGAAGGUGUCAGAACUGGAAAAAGAAAGCAAUUGGAAGAAAAACUGCUGCAACUUGUCCAACCUGCCUACCAAUUGAUGUUGAGCCACAUUCGCUCUGGAACUUUGGAGAGAUUUAAAGAAGCUUUUGACGAAGCACUGAAUGGGGGAAAAGGGUUUGCCAUGGCUGCUCGUCACUGCUCUGAGACUUUUAUGUCACAGUUUGAUGAAGCUUGCGCUGAUGCCAUCAUUCACCAAGCAAACUGGGACUCGUCCAAAUUAAGGGACAAACUGCGGCGUGACAUGGAUGCACAUGUUGCUUCAGUUCGUGUAGCGAAGCUGUCUGAAUUGACCACUGUCUAUGAGACAAAAUUGAAUGAAGCAUUAUCUGGACCAGUUGAGGCUUUAUUGGAUGGUGCUAAUGAUGAUACAUGGCCAGCAAUCAGAAAACUCCUUUGGCGUGAGACUGAAACAGCUCUCUCUGGCUUUUCUUCUGCGCUUUCUGGGUUUGAAAUGGACGAAGAAUCGAAGGAAAAAACGCUCUCAAAGUUGAGAGAUUAUGCCAGAGGAGUGGUUGAGUCAAAGGCAAAAGAAGAAGCUGGAAGGGUUUUAAUACGUAUGAAGGACAGGUUCUCAACAUUAUUUAGCCAUGAUUCGGAUUCAAUGCCACGGGUCUGGACUGGGAAGGAAGAUAUUCGAGCAAUCACGAAAACUGCUCGCUCUUCUUCUCUGAAGUUAUUAUCUGUUGUGGCGGCAAUACGUUUGGAUGAUGAGGCUGAUUCUAUUGAAAAAACUCUGUCGCUUGCUUUAGUGGAUGGUAAAGGUAGUGCGUCUACCAACAAGAGUUCUCCAUCAGUUGACCCUCUUGCCUCGAGCACUUGGGAUGAGGUUCCAGCAACGAAGACUCUGAUAACUCCUGUACAGUGCAAAUCAAUUUGGAGGCAAUUUAAAACAGAGACUGAGUACACUGUAACCCAAGCCAUUGCUGCUCAGGAGGCUAGCAGGAGAAAUAACAACUGGUUACCACCUCCAUGGGCUAUUGUCGCCAUGAUUGUGUUAGGGUUCAAUGAGUUUAUGACCCUAUUAAGAAAUCCAUUAUAUCUAGGUGUUAUCUUUGUUGGUUUCCUUCUUGUAAAAGCUCUUUGGGUGCAACUAGACGUCUCUGGAGAAUUCCGUAAUGGUGCUCUACCUGGGCUGCUUUCGUUAUCAACCAAGUUCCUUCCUACUGUCAUGAACCUGCUCAAAAAAUUAGCAGAGGAAGGUCAUAGGCAUGGGAAUACCAAUACACAGCAAAAUCCUCCUCUUGCAUCAAAGAGCUUCCGCAGCGGAGCAAGUGAAUACGGUGGGGUGUCGUCAAGUGCAUCAUCUGAGGUGACUUCUGCCGAAAAUGGGACAGAAUACUCGAGCCCGGUGCAUGAUAAGGUGAAGUGAGCUUCUCUUCAUUGAGCAACCAUCUUCAUAUAUCAAGGAUACAGAUAAAGGUCAUUCAAAAGUUGUACGCUACACGCGAUUCUGGUCGCUGGUUCCAACUUCAGCUGAAAGCGCGAGACGAACAGAUUGGAAGGCAUGAUUUUUGUUGAGGUGCCAUAUACUGGGGUUUGUCAGCUUGUGGUCGACAGCCCCAUUAGAUAGAUUCUUUUUAAUUUUCUCUUUUUCCUUUUCUUGUUUUCUUCUUUUGAGAUUCUUUAGAUAUUGAUUUUAUUGUGCUUAAGUUAUAAAGGCCUCAUUUAUAGAGUCUCAAUUUUUUGUGGUUGUUUCUGGUUUGCCGUCAAUUUUGUCUGUCGCAAGAGUAGCAUAAUGCAACAGCAGUUUGUAUCUUGAUGACUUGUGGAAAUCUCUGAAUAGUUUUGUAUUUACGGAGGAAAUGAAAAUUUUCUUAUAGCGGAGCCGCUAUAAAACACAGCAACGACUAUCAUUGCCGAUCAAA